AUGCUCGUUGGUUCGCCGGCAACAGGAAAAACUUCGGCAGUGAAAUGCCUUAUUCUUGCUCUCGAACUGCAACAAGCAGCAGCUGCCCUCACGGCGGAGCCACCGGCACCACUGACCGAGGGGAGCAACCAAGCCGGCGAUGAACCGUGUCUUCAAAGUGGCUUCAACAGAUCUCCAGAAAAUGUUCAGUGCACGGACGAAAAGGCUGAGCAGCGCCACAGCAACAACUUUGGCAAAAAUACUGAAAGCAGCAAAGGAGCUAGGUGUAUUGCUCAUCGCAUUUUCCCUAAGGCGCUCGAUGUUGAGGAGCUAUACGGCUCCCUGGACCCCACUACACGCGAGUGGAGGGGCGGUGCCUUGGAACAAGCGGGAUGGGUUGAAAAUCUAAAUACAGUGCUCGACGACAACAAGAAGCUGUGUCUGAGUAGCGGAGAGGUCAUACUGCUAUCGCCACAGACGGCGUUGCUCUUUGAAGUGACUGACUUGCGCUGCGCCUCACCGGCAACGGUUUCUCGAUGUGGAAUGGUCUAUAUUCAUCAGGACGUGCCUCAGUGGAAGAGUCUCUUGCAUUCUUGGAGCCGUUACUCGCCCACUGCAAAGCAGCUUGGCGAUGCCGUUGUGGAGGAUGUCGCGCAGACUAUUUGCGAGUGCUGCGAAAUCUGCAUUGCCUUUCUGGCCAAAUGCAACGGCGGGCCCCUUCGCAUGUCGCCUAGUUGGAUGGUCAUGAAUGUGCUGAGGCUGUUUGAUGCCCUUGUUGCCCAGAUUUUGGAGCCAGCGCAGCGAGGAGAAGGCUCGGUGGCCGAUCUGCUUGAACAGUCGCUGGAGGGAGCAUUGGUAUUUGCCUUGUUGUGGGGCACGGGUGGUGCGCUGCCCGCAUCUGAGCGGCCUGCCUUUGACGUGGCCUUUCGAAACCUACACAGUGGUCGUUUCGAUGUUUUGGAACAAAUGGGCCUCCUGACUGGCGGGCACAACUCCAGCACUGAAGACGUGGACCAAACACGGAGGCAGAAGCAAGCCCGACGUUUCAAUCAUCAUCUCCCUCCAACAGGAAGCUGCUUUGACGUAUUUUGGGACGUUCAGCAGAAGAAAUGGCACCCGUGGGCAUCUCUUCCCAUGCUUCCAGAUGUGCGAAAGGGUACUUCCAUGACGGCCGCCGCUUUGCAGCAUGUUCUCAUAGAAACACCCGAAACAGCUCUGCUCAACUACUUCUUAAACCUUGUUUCGGCUCCUGGAAAAGCUCCCUUCCUCUUAAUUGGAGAAGCAGGGGGCGGAAAAAGCAAGUGCAUGAUCCAAAUGCUACAGGGGAUGGCCGCGGAGAGCCAACAAAAAUUGAUUCAGCAACUGAAGAACCAGGAAGCGUCCGCUGCACAGCAGACACGGAAAGGCUUAUCAGCUGGAUCCGAGAGCUUGCCUGUUACAGCCAAUGGCAAGCCAGAUGCUUUUGCAUUUCUCGCUCUUUCCCUUACUGGCGCAGCAACCCCUAAUGCUGUACAGCAGUGGUUAGAAGGCAGAUUGGAGAAGUCCCACAGUGCGGGUCUGCGGCCUGUUGGUUUCCGACGUUGUGUCCUUUUGCUCGACGACGUCCACUUGCCUCCAACAGAAGAAUCAGGGGCGCAGCCGGUAGGCGAGCUUGUACGGCAGCUUCUGGAAUGCGGCGGGUGGAAUAAAGGGGGAGCGUGGAAGUUCCAGCCUGUUGAAGGGUUGACUCUAACAGCCACACGCCGCAUUCUACAGCAACAGCAGCAGCAUAAUGAGCGCCUGGCUAGGCACUUUUUCCCACUUACAGGGGCUCCAUAUUCGACGGAGUCCAUACAGACGAUUCUGAACCAGUUGCUGUUGAUCCGUUUUGACAGCUGCGCGGAUCCUGUAGUAGAAGGGUUGAAAAAGGUCUCCGCAUUAACUGCAAAUCUCUACAGACAGCUUCAGCAGCGGCUGCCUCUUCGGCCUUCUCGAUGGAUGCAACAGUGGACUCCACGGGACUGCUGGCGGGUUGUGCAAAGACUGGGAUUUCUGAAUCCUGUUGGCCUUCAAUCACAGCACCAGCUGCUUCGGUGCUGGCUCCACGAGGUGCGUAGGGUUUUUGAAGAUAGGACAGCCAAUACGCCUGACUUGGAGAUUCUCUCGGGAUCCAUCAGUGAUCUCUUAAGGGAAACGGCAGGCUUCACUCUAACGGACUUGGAUCCGCCCAAGGAAGGGCCCCUGCUCUUCGCAUUUCGAGAGCCUGAAGCUGCAGCCACGGCCGGAACAGGACAGACCUCAACAGCUGCAGAAGAUUGUAUAUUGGGGUCGCGAGUAUACGACCGCGUGACACCUGUAGAAGCACACCAGAUGUGCGCAGCUGCUCUUGAGCAAUAUACUCUGUUGCAUCCCAACAAGCCGCUGUCUUUGGUUCUCUUCCCUCAAGCUGUUGAACAUGCACUGAGAUGCAUGAACACAUUCCUUCAACCACAAGGCCACAUGCUGCUUCUGGGUGUUGGCGGGUCUGGACGCCGGUCGUGCGCUCGCCUUGCAGCAUUCCUAGCAGGUUUUGCAGUAGUAGAGCCUCACGGACUGUCUUAUCCUGUAGCUGUCAGUGAGUGGCAAGAAGACAUUAAGAGCACAAUUUUGGCUGCCGGGGUACUAAAAAAGCCGCAGCUUCUGCUGGUUCCGGCUGAGCACCUUACGCAUGACGAUAUCGCAGCACACGUUUGCACCAUGCUUCAAUUAAGGGAACUACCGGAUGUAUUCACCCCUGAUGAGAAGGUCAGCAACCGUUGA